UGGGAGUAUAUAGUAAUGCUAGAAAAAGCACACUUUGGGUGAAGCUUGUCUAGCAAGUCGCAUUGAAAAUUGUAAGCUGCACUGCAGAGAGUGAGAGCGAAUGGUAAGAGUAUCAGCGGUUCGAUUAAGCGCCACCAUGUUCUCCUCAACCUCUCUCAGAAACCCUAACUUCCUCCUCCUUCCAACUCGCUUCGACGCACCCGUUCUUCGCUCCCACACGCUUUCCUUCUCCAAUCGCCUCUCGCUUCGAUGCUACGCUGCUCGCGCCGCCUUCGACAGAGUUCCCGUUCUCAAUCCCAUCGUCGAAAUGGACGGUGAUGAAAUGACGAGGAUUAUAUGGAGGAUGAUCAAGGAUAAACUUAUAUUUCCUUACCUGGAUUUGAACAUAAAGUACUUUGAUUUGGGGCUUCAAAAUCGUGAUGCUACUGAUGACAGAGUUACUGUGGAAAGUGCUGAAGCCACUCUCAAGUAUAACGUCGCUGUGAAAUGUGCAACAAUAACUCCUGAUGAGACCCGAGUGAAAGAAUUUGGACUGAAGUCUAUGUGGAGAAGCCCCAAUGGCACAAUUAGGAAUAUUUUAAAUGGUACUGUUUUCCGUGAACCCAUAAUAUGCUGCAACAUACCGAGAAUUGUUUCCGGAUGGAAAAAACCCAUUUGUAUUGGUAGGCAUGCUUUUGGUGACCAGUAUCGGGCCACUGAUGCAAUAAUUACAGGACCAGGGAAGCUUAAGUUGGUAUUUGUCCCAGAAGAUGGUGAUGCUCCAAUGGAGCUUGAUGUUUACAAUUUCAAAGGCCCAGGUGUAGCACUUGCUAUGUAUAAUGUUGAUGAGUCUAUUCGAGCAUUUGCUGAAUCAUCAAUGUCACUUGCAUUUGCAAAGAAAUGGCCACUUUACUUGAGCACCAAAAACACAAUUCUAAAGAAAUAUGAUGGCAGAUUUAAGGACAUAUUCCAGGAGGUGUAUGAAGAAAGGUGGAGGCAAAAGUUUGAAGAACACUCAAUAUGGUAUGAGCAUAGGCUAAUUGAUGACAUGGUAGCAUAUGCACUCAAAAGUGAAGGUGGAUAUGUUUGGGCUUGCAAGAAUUAUGAUGGUGAUGUCCAAAGUGAUUUACUUGCUCAAGGUUUUGGCUCAUUGGGUCUCAUGACUUCUGUGCUGUUAUCUUCUGAUGGCAAGACAUUAGAAGCUGAGGCAGCUCAUGGAACUGUAACUCGACAUUUUCGGUUUCAUCAGAAGGGACAAGAAACUAGUACAAACAGUAUUGCUUCCAUAUUUGCAUGGACAAGAGGACUGGAACAUAGAGCGAAGCUGGAUAAUAAUGAAAAAUUACGGGAUUUUACUCAAAAUUUGGAGGCUGCAUGUGUUGAGACAGUGGAAUCAGGAAAGAUGACUAAAGAUCUUGCAAUUCUGAUUCAUGGACCUAAGGUAUCAAGGGAAUUUUACUUGAACACGGAGGAAUUUAUUGAUGCUGUGGCACAUAAUCUUCAGAAAAAGCUCCGAGAGCCUGCAGUGGUCUAGACAUUAUUUUUGCAGGGGGGAAGAGGAACAUAAGUUGGAAAAGCUAAAAAGUGGUUUGAUGGGUGCUUAAUUUUUUGGCCUGUGAUGCUGCUUUUGGUUGGAAUCAUGGGACCCUAGGAUCUGAGGAAAAUUUUAAUUGGUGGUUGGGUGGAUAAUUGAUUCUUGGAUUUUUGGCCACUGACUGUCCCAUUCUUACACACACCACCAUUACAGUUAUUUAAAACGGUAAAAAUCCGUCAGUACGGACCAGCAGAAUUAGGAAAGUACAAAAUUUUGAUGUGAAUAAUGCAGAUGAUGGAUCAUGUUUUUAUUGUAAUUUGAUUGGUUUAUAUAUAUAUAUAUAUAU